AACCAGGCUGUAGUACUAGUAAACAGAUUACAACAAUAACUAUUAAAGUAAUAACGGUAGUAAUAAGGAAUGAAGAUGGAGAUAGUAUAACUAAUUCAUUUGUUGAAACAGACGUGUCACCUGUUGUGACCACAAUAGAGACAUCAGAUCCAUCACAAAUUGAAGUUGAAACAACCGAAUAUCCGCAACAGUCACAGUCAUGUUCACAUCAACAACAACGACAAGAAGAAGAAGAGGGGGAGGAGGAGGGGUAG